AUGGCGGAUGCAGAGGAAGACUUUAGCAGCCUUCCCCUGCCUGAUCGCUUCGUCCACAAGAACUGGAAAGUCAGGAAGGAAGGAUACGAGGCCGCUGCCAAAGAAUUCUCGCUCGCCGUGAGCGAGUCAGAUGCUGUUGUGCGCCAGUUCAUCAACGAUGCGAGCAUAUGGAAGGGCGUUGUAGGCGACUCCAACGUCGCAGCACAACAAGAGGGCCUGAGCGCAUUAUGCGCCUUCCUUGAAGUUGCUGGACAGGCAGGAUGCACGCGAACGCGGGGCAACACCAUCACAAUAAUCGCCGAGAAGGGCUUGCCCUCGACACGACCGGCGGCCAAGGCAAAGGCACUCGAGGCCCUGCUGCUAUACAUCGAAACCGACAAGCCCGAUCCAGUCAUCGAAGAACUCCUACCCGUACUCUCUAACAAGCAGCCCAAAGUCAUCGCAGCAACAUUAGAUGCACUGACGCAAAUAUACCACGCCUACGGAUGCAAAACGAUAGAACCUAAGCCUGUCCUGAAAUUACUUCCCAAGGUCUACGGCCAUGCAGACAAGAAUGUGCGCGCAAAGGCGCAGGAGCUCACAGUCGAAUUGUACCGAUGGCUGAAAGAGGCUAUGAAGCCCCUCUUCUGGGGCGAUCUGAAACCAGUGCAGCAACAGGAUCUCGACAAGCUGUUCGAGAAAGUCAAAGAUGAGCCACCGCCAAAGCAAGAACGUCUGCUUCGAUCACAGCAAGCCGCCAAGGAAGCCGCACCAGCUGCCGGGGGCGGAGAGGAAGAGGAAGAGGACGAGGAAGAAGCCGCGAUCGAUCUCGAGCCAGAAUUUGAGGCUGUCGACGUUUUCCCCAAGAUCCCCAAAGAUUUUUCAGAGAAGCUGGCGUCAAGUAAAUGGAAAGACCGAAAAGAGGCUUUGGACGAGACCCACAAAGCCCUGAACCAUCCACGGAUUGCAGAAGGACCAUUCGAUGAGCUAGUACGCGGCUUCGCCAAAUCGAUGAAAGAUGCCAACAUCGCUUGUGUGGCAACAGCUGCCAAUUGUGUUGAACUCCUGGCAAAGGGCCUUAAGAAGGGCUUCAACAAAUACCGUAAAGACAUCAUGAAUGCAAUGAUGGAACGGCUAAAGGAGAAGAAACAGUCCGUCACCGAUGCCAUAGGCGCUGCGCUUGAUGCUGCUUUUGCCUCUACCACCUUUGCGGAUUGUCUGGAGGAGAUACUCGAGUUUUUGAAGCACAAAAACCCCCAGGUCAAGCUUGAGUCGUCACGUUUCCUCAUACGGUGCUUGAAGAGCACACGUGAUGCCCCUACACCAGAACAAGCCAAGGGAAUAGCUGAAGUAUCCACCAAGCUACUAACCGAAUCGCAAGAGGUGCAACGAUCUGCUGGUGCUGAGGUCCUGGGAACACUAUGGAAGAUCAUGGGAGAUCGCGUCAUGAAUGCACAUCUCGAUGGACUUGAUGAGAUCCGCAAGACCAAGAUCAAAGAAUACUUUGAUGCUGCAGAGGUCAAAACUAAGUACAAGCCAAAGGCGGCCGCGCCACCCAAAGCUGCUGCUCCUCCCCCAGCAGCUGCGAAGAAGGUUUUCAACAAACGACCAGCCGGGCCGGGUGCGAAGAAACCUGCACCCAAAGCUGCAGCUCCACCACCACCGCCACCACCAGCCGAAGAGCCUCUAGCACCAGUACCAACAUCACGUCCAGCUGCUUCCAAGUUGGGGGCGCCCAAAUCUGGUCUGGCUGGACCUAGACUAGGCGGUUUGAAGAAGCCAGGUUCAGGACUUGCUGCUCCUUCACCGAGACGUUCGGUAGUAUCACCACCUCCGGAGGAAGAAGAAGUUGCGCCACCACCACAACCAAAGUUUGGGGCUGGACGAGGUCUUGCUGGACGUCCUCUCGGUAAGCCUGCUGUCGAAGCUCCGACACCAGCGCCUACACAAGCACCCUCUGGGCUCAGCCUGGUUGAGCGUGCGGAACUCGAUGAGCUUCGCGCGGAGGUUGAACGAGUCAGACGGCAAAAUGAGGAACUACGAGCAGAACGAUCAAAACUUACGUCGCAGAUUUAUGAGCUGCAGAACCAAAACGCCCAGCUCAUCGAGGAUCACACCCGCGACGUGCUGUCCAUCAAGGCAAAGGAGACACAGCUCGUACGCGCCCGCUCAGAUUUCGAAGCUGCGGAGCAAACAGUUCAGAACCAACGACGAGAGGUCGACCGCCUCAAACGCGAAUUGCAUCGCCAAGUUCGUGCUCCGUCUCCCACGAAUACUGACCUAUCGGAACAAAUAUACAGUGACGACGUCGCCCAUCAUGCGAACGGUGCACGGAAUACCGAUUCAGGGUAUGGCGGUCAUGGGCUGUAUGCUAGGAGAGAGCGGAGCUUUGCCGGUGCGCCAGCUAGCCCAGGUGGUGAGGGUAAGAUGAACUUUGAUUCUCUAUCCCGCCCAGGUAGCAAUUUGAGUGGAAAGCUAAGUCCUCGUCGCACAGAUGCCUCUGCUAAAUCAUCGAUGUCUUCACGAGGCAAUGGCCAGACAAGUCCCACGGAAAAUGGCACAAGUCGACUCGGAGGUCCGCAAUCAUCCGGCGCAUCUGGUGCAGAGAGUUGGAAGCGUGCUGCCGAAGUCACACAAAAUCUGAAGCAAAGAAUUGAAAUGAUGAAGGCCAAACAAGGGAUUGGACGACCACCACCGCAGUAA